CGACGCCCAAUUUAAAAUCUACCCCUUCCUUUUCUCUCCGUCAACAGCAAGGCUCCAAACGGGGAGGAUGGCAACUCCGCCACGGUGGUGGAAUGGGCUUCCGCGGUGCCGUCGCCGCUCCGCCGCCUUCCUCUUCGCUGUCUCCGCCUCCCUUCUCCUCGGAUCCACCGCCGCCCUCUUCGCCUGGAUCACCUUCUCCCCCUUCCCCAAACCCCUCCCCGUUUCCGCUGCCUCCUCGCUCGGCUGCCGCCCCGACGGUGAGGGAUCCUGGUCCGUCGGCGUCUUCCACGGCGAAUCUCCGCUUUCCCUCAAACCCAUAGAAUCAUGGGGCGUUUGGAGGAACGCGAGCGCGGCGUGGCCGGUGGCGAAUCCGGUGGUGACUUGUGCUACGGCUUCAGAUGCCGGCUUUCCCAGCAACUUUGUAGCCGAUCCGUUCCUCUUUAUCCAGGGAGCCGAUUUGUAUUUGUUUUUUGAGACCAAGAACUCCAUCACUUUGCAAGGAGACAUUGGAGUUGCUGUGAGCAAGGACAAUGGUGCGACAUGGAACCAUUUAGGCAUUGCUUUGGAUGAGGAGUGGCAUCUUUCUUAUCCAUAUGUCUUCAAUUACCAGGACCAUAUUUACAUGAUGCCUGAAGGCAGUAAGAAAGGUGAUCUGCGGCUCUACCGGGCUCUUGAGUUCCCUCUGAAGUGGGAAUUGGAGAAGGUCAUUCUUAAGAAGCCUCUUAUAGAUUCGUUCAUCGUAAACUUUCGCGGUCACUUCUGGCUUUUCGGGUCAGAUUUCAGUGUUCAUGGUGCCAAAAAGAAUGGAGAGCUUGAGAUAUGGUACAGUAGUUCUCCUUUCGGACCUUGGCUGCCACACAAACAAAAUCCAGUUCACAACAUGGACAAGAGCUCAGGUGCCCGAAAUGCGGGUAGGCCAUUCGUAUACAAUGGCCAGCUAUAUCGCCCGGGACAAGAUUGUGGUGGUACAUAUGGGCGUCGUGUUCGCCUUUUCAGAGUCGAAACACUUACCGAAGAAAUGUAUCAAGAAGUUGAAGUUCCACUUGGAGUUGAUGAGCCCCGAAAAGGUCGUAACGCCUGGAAUGGUGCUCGUUACCAUCACCUAGAUGUUCAACAGCUUAAAGCAGAUCAUUGGAUUGCAGUGAUGGAUGGUGAUCGAGUACCUUCUGGUGACGCUGUUCGCAGGCUUGUCGUAGGAUACACAGCAUUCGGCACUGCUCUUUCACUGGUUGUACUGAUAGGGUUGAUUCUAAGUGUGAUCAGAUGUGUUUUGCCGCUCAACCGGUGUCUUCCUCUCUCGCGGAAGCGAAGCGAUGUUGCUGGAGCACAACGACAUGAUCUUCAAGUCUAUGCUAAGCUCAGAAGUUCGCUUGGCCAAAUGAAAAGAAUUGUUUAUACUCUUAAAGAAAGAGUUAGAGCCAACAAUUGUGCUGGCCGAUUCGUUGUAGUCAUCAUACUUCUCGCUGCGGUUACGUUAACUUGUAUCGGCACACAUUAUGUUUAUGGAGGAAAUGGCGUAGAUGAGGCUUAUUCGGUGAAGGGACACUACUCUCAGUUCACCCUUAUUACGAUGACCUAUGACGCCCGCCUGUGGAAUCUGAAGAUGUACAUCAAGCAUUACUCUAGAUGCACCUCAGUGGGAGAAAUCUUGGUGGUAUGGAACAAAGGCCAACCUCCAAAUGUUAGUGAGUUCGACUCUGCAGUGCCUGUCAAGAUUCGAGUGGAGAAAAUAAACUCUUUGAACAACAGGUUUAACAUAGACCCUUCAAUAAAGACUCGAGCAGUCCUUGAACUCGAUGAUGAUAUCAUGAUGACUUGCGAUGAUGUAGAGCGCGGAUUCAAGGUCUGGCGGGAUCGUCCAGACAGAAUUGUGGGAUUCUACCCUCGGCUAGCAGAGGGUGCACCGUUAAGGUAUCAUGAUGAGAGGUAUGCGCGAAGUCAUGGCGGCUACAACAUGAUACUGACAGGAGCUGCAUUCAUGGAUCAUAAACUGGCAUUCGAAAGGUAUUGGAGCAAAGAGGCAAAGAUUGGAAGGGAUACCAUUGACGAUCUAUUCAACUGCGAGGACGUGCUCAUGAACUUCUUGUAUGUGAAUGCAAGUUCAUCAAGGAGGACAGUAGAGUAUGUAAGACCUUCAUGGGCGAUAGACACAUCGAAAUUCUCAGGAGUUGCAAUUAGCAAGGACACUCAAGCACACUACCGGGCGCGAAGUGAAUGCCUCGCAAAGUUCAGAGAGUUGUAUGGAGAUUUGGCAGCUAACAAAUGGAGUUUUGGAGCUAGAAAAGAUGGCUGGGAUGUAUAGUUGUAUUUUUGUUUUGUUUUGUUUUGUUUCAUACUUCUGUUCAUCCUUUAGCCUUUGCAAAAUAUGUGGAGAGGUACAUGAAUUAACAGAGUACCAUA